UUCCUCUCUGGCGGGAGCCGCGCGCGCCCCUCUCUUCGCGCUGCUGGCCCGAGGCCGCCGCAGGCGGAUGCACGACCUCAGGAGACGCUGGGACCUGGGCUCCCUCUGCCGGGCCCUGCUCACCCGGGGCCUGGCCGCCCUGGGCCACUCGCUGAAGCACGUGCUCGGCGCGAUCUUCUCCAAGAUUUUCGGUCCCUUGGCCAGCGUCGGGAACAUGGAUGAGAAAUCCAACAAGCUGCUGCUGGCUUUGGUGAUGCUCUUCCUAUUUGCCGUGAUCGUCCUCCAAUACGUGUGCCCCGGCACAGAAUGCCAACUCCUCCGCCUGCAGGCGUUCAGCUCCCCGAUGCCGGACCCGUACCGCUCGGAGGAUGAGAGCUCCGCCAGGUUCGUGCCCCGUUACAAUUUCAGCCGCGGCGACCUCCUGCGCAAGGUAGACUUCGACAUCAAGGGCGAUGACCUGAUCGUGUUCCUGCACAUCCAGAAGACUGGAGGCACCACUUUCGGCCGCCACCUGGUGCGCAAUAUCCAGCUGGAGCAACCGUGCGAAUGCCGCGUGGGUCAGAAGAAAUGCACUUGCCACCGGCCGGGUAAGCGGGAGACCUGGCUCUUCUCCAGGUUCUCCACGGGUUGGAGCUGCGGACUGCACGCCGACUGGACCGAGCUCACCAGCUGCGUGCCCGCCGUGGUGGACGGCAAGCGCGACGCCAGGCUGAGACCGUCCAGACGUACAUCAUGAUCACCAUCAACGUCUCUUUCUCCUGCGUCAUCAGUGUCUGCUCACUACUGCAUCGCUCCCAUCAGCAUAAACCCAUGCCUGGCACCUCUGCCCCACUGUCUGCUUGCACUGCUCCCUCACAAAGCCAACCCAUCAGGACAGUCUUCCAGACUCACUCUGUCCAUUUCCACAUGAGCCCACUCCAGUCAAGCUUCUAUCCCCGUCACUCCAGCAAAACUGCUCCAACUGAGGUCACAGAUGACCACCAUGCUGCAAAAUUCAAGCUGGAUUCAAAGGCUUUCAUUGCCACAAGUGUGACAGCCCAAUGAGGGAAGCAGUGCCCUAUGCUGUGGUGUGACACAUCCCAUCUGGAAAUGGGCCAGAAGUAGCAAAGCGGCAGACAAAAGCAAAUGGACUUAGCGUGUAAAUCUCCCUCACCUGCUUCUCCUCCUGGAGACCUGUGAGCUCCCUGGUAACACAGCAGACUUACCUCUCAGAGUAUGGAGUGCUGUCACGUGGGAGUUUCUUCUCCAUGUGGCCUGAGUCCUCAGUGCUGCCGACGCUGCAGGGAGUGUGAUGGGAGAGAGGAGAGCAGUCAUGAGUGGAGAAGGCUUUUCUGAUUAACACAGGACUCUGCAUGACCAGCCAUCAUCUGUUAUGCUAAAUGAACUUGGUGCCAACGAGGCAUAAUUCUCUCAGAGAAGAGCUCUUACACUGGGGGCAAAGAAGACCUGCUGUGGUGAGGAAGAUGAGAAGGGGGUGGCUAGGAUUCUGGAGAACUGUCAGUUUCACGGACCAGGGGGAAAGGUCCAUGGCUUUUCUCCCCACAUAUGCGCCUCGGUUAUAAUGUGACAAUCGCCAGGAGCCCACUCACAGCAGGAAUCAACUAAGAAUGGGAACAAAAAAAAACAAGGAAACAUUCCAACAUAAUACCGUGCUGGGUUACACAGUGGAAUUAGGGGUGAUUUUUUUUUUUUUCCUUUUCGCAUCUUCAGUUUUCAAUAAUAUGACUUUUUAUAAUAAAAA